AUGGAUAUUGCACAAUCUUCAGAAACACAAAGAGAAUAUCGAAAUCGUCUUGCUAGAGAAGCUUAUGAACAUCGAAAAUUAUUAUUUACAGCUGAACAACUUGAGAAUCAACGUGCUUGA